AUGGUCGAUUUGCAAGCCAAGGGCGGGAUAUUUUGCGCGUCGUCGUAUACGACAGAGCAUACGAGUGAACAGAUAAACCACGGCAGCAGACGGCCGCCGCGAAUUUUGUACCGUCAAGACGUGGCGCCCCCCGCUCACCCGACUGUAGACGGCGCGACCUCUGAGCGAGCAAUGUUCGGGACGUGGAAGUAUGACCCGGAGACGGACCAGAUGAGGAACCUGCGGCGCGCCUACGAUCCCAUCACGGCACGGUCGUGGCAGCACCAGGCGUGCAACCGUUGCCAUGAGAAAAAGCUCAGGUGCAGCGGCCGCAGAGCCGGAUGUGACAGGUGCACCAUCAGCGGCUCCGUCUGCGCAUAUGACCGCUCCGGAGGGAGUCUGAGGGCAAGCGGCGGCGUCGGCGGCGUCGGCAGCAGAAAGGGAGCUAACGCUCGGGUGCCAUCAUCAUCAUUUUCGUCAUUUUCCUUGGCCUUGCCGUCAGGCGCGGGUAAGGUGAGGGCACGGAACGGCUCCGCGUCCGAGGCCCGCUGCGGCACCGUCUCUGCGCUGUAUGCCGCGGCAGCGGCGGAGGCGGCAGCGGCGUUGGCGCAGCAGCGGUCAUCGCCGCCAACCAAGGAGCCAGCAUCCAGAGCGGCAUGUCGGCAGGUGGACUUUGCGACGGGCAGCGGCAACGGACUGCAGAUGGACCCUGGCGGCGGCGAUCCCGGCCAGAGACAGAGGCAGCAGGUGACCAUGGGGGGUUUUGGCAGUGCCUGUUUCUGCGGCCUUUGCUGCAACGGGUGCGCGUGGAUCGCGGCCGUGGACCCCGGCGCGAGCAUGACGGCGGCGGCGGCGGCGGCGGCGCCCGAACUGGUUUCCGGCUGGGAGGCAGCAUCGUUCGGCGGUAACCACCAACAACAGCUCUACAACUCGGCAUGUGGUGUCGCCGUCGGCAGACACGCCAUACAUGCGGACCAGGGCUACCUGUGGAGGCAGAGCCGGUGA